AGUAUCACUUACAACCGGAAAUUAUAUUUGAGUUAACAGUCAUGAAUAAGGAACAACUUGUGCGCUUAUUAUUACCACUGAACGCCCUUGUAAUAAUUUUAUUUGUUUAUAUAAACUCAGACAUGGAUAUGAUGCAUUCUGAGGAAUCAGUCAACGACAAGUACAUGCACUUCGAAACAAUUUUGUCGGCGAAGGGCAUCAGGAGCGUUGAAGACAUCGGGUCUUUUAAGAAGAAGAAAAGUAAAAAAUUUCAUGAAAACGAUAAUUUUUCUGAUCCGUUGAAACAUUUGCAAAACGAUUCUCCAAAAAAGCAUAAAAAAUCACAACCUAGCGAAUCAUUUUUGUCUAAGAUGAAAGCAAAAUCACGCGCCUCGAUAGUAAAUGGUGCAGAAGUAUCUAAAUUCCUAGGAAUACGUAUCGACGCUAAAUUAACAGAAACCAAAACAAAAAAGAAAUCGAAUGAAGCGAAACAUCAUGUACCUCGUCUCAGCGAUGAAGAUUUUAAUAAAUUCAAACAGCUUCAUGUCCGUAAUGGGGAAUGGAUACGAUUGUUUCCACAUAUUUUAAAAAGUAUUGAAAGCAUUGAAGCUCUCGAUCACUUUCCAACCUUUGAGGAAACAACAUCAGCUGAUCAUUCCAUAGUGACGUGCAGGCAACGUGAAGUCACAUUUGGAGAAACUGUAAAACUACACAUUCAAGCAAGAGAUUACACUAACAAAGAAAAACGUUAUGGCGGCGAUUACUUUCGUGUGAUCCUGCAGAGGCCAUCAUUUGAAGGUGAUGGAGUUAGUUGCACAAUCACUGAUAAUACAGAUGGAACGUAUGAAGCCGAAUGUCCGUUAGUGUGGACUGGGAAGGCUCGUGUUACUGUUACCAUGGUUAAUCCCAGCGAAGUGACAUAUAUGUCUAUGGCAAGGACUAACGCACACUCAGAAGCAUAUCUGACGAUGAAAACAUCAUUUAUUAACUCUAAAGGAGAAACUGAAUAUGCUAUUUGUGAUAUGGAUUUAUCGAACAGAUUCAAAAAAUCAGAGAUAUGCGAUCAUUCCCACCCAAAGACUGGUGAACCAUGGUUUUGCGCCAAACCGCCAUCUGGCGAAUGCAACCCCAUAGCAUCUCAAGGACACCGAAAAUUUGAGAAAAAAAUAUUACCUGGAGAUAAAUAUUUUAAUCGCAAACUUAAUUCUGAUAAAGAAAUUGGUAAAUCUGGGUUUACUAUAUCCAUUGCAAAAAUAACGACAACUUCAAAUGACGAUGCUAAUUCAAAACACGUUCCAAACCAGUUGCCUUGCAGCUAUAACAAAAGGGAAUUACAUGUUCCGUUGAAUCCUGCUGAAGCCACAGGAUAUAUUCAUCAAGGCAAAUGGAAAUCUCUGGAAUGCAACAACACUGUAACAGAUCAAAAGUGGACAACCUGUUUAAAUCGCAGUGCCAUCCACGUUAUGGGCGAUUCGACUAUUUUGGCCUUUUAUCGCGCUAUUCUAAUAAGGGUACACGGUCGACCUGGGGUGGAUCGAAUAAUAAGUUGGGCGAAACCGCAUGAAGGGUUUUCUAAUCGUACUGACACAAUUCUUCACUUUACGUCACACGGGCAUCCUUUUCAUGCAGAAGGCCCGCCUGAAGCCCGAAUGUACAUUUACGAUGCGUUGGAUAAGAUUGUUGAUGUCGGACGCCCAACUUAUGUUGUUUUCGGCCUUGGGGUACAUUUCGGACGGUUACAUCCAGAUAUUUAUCUGAAGCGUGUUAAAUAUAUUAAAAGAUCAGUGUUACGAUUACGGAAGCGAGUCCCAGAUGUAAAAAUAUUUAUUUUGGGAUUACAUUCAAACUGGCCGUGGAUUUUUCAACCGUCAUCCUUUGUGCCAUAUCGACAUGAAGUGCUGCUUCGAAAUGAGUUCCGAAAAUCUGAAAAUGUUACCUUUGUUCCUUUCUGGGAUAUGUUGGAGAUUCUUGGAAAUAAAGCUCCACACCCAGAUGGAAAAAGUUUUGAUCAAGAGCUUGAGCUGUUGUUUUCUUACAUGUGCAAAAAUUGAUUUUUAAAUAUGCAUUUAUUUAUCGCCUUUUGCCUAAUUGUUUUAUUUAUUUUAUCUUAGAUAGCGCUUAAUACGAGAAUUGUACGGGAAUAAUAUCAAUUUAUGCGGUUGUGUUGAUUGAUGAUGUUAAAAACCAAAAUUUAAUAUCAAAAUCCUUACGACCAACGUUUUUCAAUUUGAAACGUCUCGAAUAUUUUAUACCUUACAAUCUUUUACUAUUUAUUAAAAUUUCUUUCAGUUGACAUAACAUAUGUUAGUAGUAUGAUUAUAUCAUCUCGACAGUCAAGCGGUAUCAUUGGGUUUUUAAACUCUGGAUCUCUAAUGAGCUGACGGAUCUGAGGACCGUCAAAGAUGCCAGACAACCUGGAACGAUUUUCCGUCAGUAAUCCUGGUAACUGAAUAACACCUGCGCAGAUAUAUGGUCGAAGCGAAAUUCUGAAUACUU